AUGGCCUACUACUCUCUUCAAGCACCGACAAGCCACAGCAGCGUGCGUGAAACUCGCAAGUCUCAUACCGUAAGGUCGCAGAGGAAGCAGCAACAGCAGUCCGACGCCUCGUCGCAGCCUGAAGCGCAGAUGCGAUGGGUCGACCAAGCCCAGGAUCUCUGCUCAUCGCCCAUGUCACCGACGUCGCCGUUGUCGCCGUCGUCGCAUGAUCAAGUCCUCCCGUUCCAAACAGCCCGCCUCGAAUCAUUCUUUUCGUUAGACGCUCACGUCUUAGGAUCUGGUCAAUUCGGGACAGUGCGACGCUGCACCGAACGGCUCACAGGCGCGCGCUUCGCGUGCAAGACAAUCACCAAGGACAGGCUUACAAGCGAGGCGGAGCGGGAGGAGGUGCGGCGGGAAGUUGCUCUGAUGCAGCGGGUUGGCGCAAGCGGAGCGGGGGAGGCGCAGGGGGUGGCGCAUCCCGGGGUGGUACAGUUGCGCGGAGUUUUCGAGGACGAGCAAUCGGUGCAUUUGGUCAUGGAUCUUUGCGAAGGCGGCGAGCUGUUCGACGAAGUCGUGCGACGCGGGCGACUGAGCGAACCCGACGCUGCGAACGUGUUCGCGCAGGUCGCAUCGGCCGUCGCACACUGCCACGCGCGAGGCGUCCUCCACCGCGAUCUCAAGCCCGAAAACAUCCUGCUCACGCGCGACGCCUCUGCACCGCUCUCCACCGCACCACUAACCACGAAACUCGCGGAUUUCGGCCUCGCAGUUCCCCUGCAAUCAGGCGAUCGCGCGAUGGGCGUCGCAGGAUCACCGUUCUACAUGGCUCCUGAGGUCCUCCUAGGCGAAUACGCGUUAGAAGCCGACGUAUGGUCUCUGGGCGUGAUCCUGUACAUCUUGCUCUGCGGCGCGCCGCCUUUCUGGGGCCCGACGGAUAAGGACGUGUUUGUAGAAGUUCUUAAAGGCGUGGUGGAUUUUAGUGGCGAGGAGUGGGCGGGAGUGUCGGAGGAAGCCAAGCGGAUCGUGCUGUGCCUCCUGCAGAGGGACCCCAAGCGACGCCCCGCUGCCGUGAAAAUCCUCUCCCAUCCCUGGAUCCUCCAGCAUUGCCACGCCAGCGUGGCAGGCGUGGAGGCACCUGCUGCCAUGGUGGUGUGA